AUGGAAGAUUUCUCGAAGGGGCCUUCCCCUGAAACUAUACUGCGAGCUGCUGCCAAUCCCAACACCUUCAUCUUGUUCCAAGCUCUUUGGGAUCACUUCCACUCUUCUACAAGGCCCCAAUUUCCUAAUGAACAUGGUCAGAACCAGAACACAAAUCCCCAGCAGGGGAACGCAAAUGGCCAGCCUAAUGGCCGAAAUACUCAGUUGGUACAACUUGUCCAGCGUGUGGACAGUGGAGAUGGUCAGUCAAGCCAGGAGGUGUCAAAGGAGCCCGGAAGGGCCACUGGUGGCCUUGAUGGAGGUGACAGCGGCCUGCCAUUCCGUAUUGCCCGCCUCCCUCUUGGAUAUACCCUCCCGGCGCCAGACCUCCCUGCUCCCAGUACAAACAUAAACAACCAAUCUUUACUUGUACAGCUAGCCGUGACGAUAGCAAAGGCAGUUGGCGGAGGUUGA